AUUCUCUUUCAGUAUUUUGUUGGCACAGGCACUAUUGUAUUUCCUGAUGUCACUGAACAUAUAACACUGUUUGCUUAUUAUCACGUAGACGUAAUCAUGCGGAAAAUAGGAUACUACUAUAAUUUCGCUUUUGUAUGAAAUGCUCGUGGAAAUAUAAUAUCAGAACAGAACGUAUUACUUGCCAAACUAUAGGAUUUUACAAGUAUAUGCACUGCAUGACUGUUUCACGUUGUUGUCGUCUGCUGCGAUAUCGAAUAGAUCGAGGCCUAUAUGGAUUUGAACAGCAACAUGUAUUCUCGAUAUCAUGGGUAUUAUUUGUAACUAAUUUCGGAAAGCAACUGACUUGGCAACUCAUCAGAAUUGAGAUGUACAUCCGUCAAUAUCGUACAGUCUAACAUCGAUGUGUGAUCAUAAAUUUAAUAUGGCGACGUCAAUCAACAUUACAAAUAAGCCUUGGUGUGACGAACCUGCCAUUGUACCAGUGCAAGAGCAGCUGGUCAAAGCAGCAGUUCUUCAAGACACACAUGCUGCCGCCCCUGAAAAUACUCGGUUAUUUUCAGUAGAGAUCCAAAGAAACAUAAUCUCAUCUGACAAAUUAACAUCAUCAGGUGAUCAGGUGGACGGAAAUGACACUUCCAGUGGAAAAGACUUUCCUUUCAAAGUGGUGACCCAUCUGACGUCAAAAGGGUCAGCGACGGACGAAGAUAGCGGAGAUCGAGAAUGCCACUAUGCGUCUUCAGCGGAAGAAGCUUUACAGAUCUAUGAAGAUCUUUACAAGCAACAUGCUUCAACGGGAGAUGGCGGGAUGUCGAUGGAACCUGUCUCAUCAGUCAAUGACUCACGGUGGAUCGGCUCAGUAGCCCUCAGAAAGACACUUCUUUAUCGAGAAACCUACUCACCAACCGAGGACCUGUCCCCUGAGGUGGCCAAAUUGGUGGAUGACGUCUGGAAGGAGGCAAUGGGGAAACUCAAGGAACAUCUUGCAGUCCCCGUGGCGUCUAUUCUUCCAGGGCAAGUUGCGAAGGCAGAGGCUGUACUUUACCGGAUGUGGAACAUCUUACACGAUAGGAAAGACAAACAAAAACACGAACAAAAACACAAACAAAAACAAAAAGUUGAUGAAGAGAGUGAUGUCGAAUCAUCGACUGCUGAACUAAAGACUCUUGAGAAAGAAUUCUACGGCCUUAUUCCUCAUCAUGACUAUAUGGAAAGGUCACUCGUAUUACUCAGCAGAGUCGCAACGAAGCUGGACCUAUGUCAGAUGAUUCGUGACGUUGUAUACAUUAGCGAGGAGACUGGGUGGCAGAAACGACCUACCCCCAAAGCCAAGUACCGAGCUCUCCGGUGUUACAUCCAACAUUUACCAUCAAAUCAUCCAGAGUAUGAGAAGAUCAGACGUCUCGUCUUGUCGACGAUGCCUGGAGGAAUGAAGUUGAAUACACUGAGGAUUUUCGCAGUAAGUAGACCACCGGAAGAAGAAGGUUACCGCCAUGACAUCGGCAAUGACACACUGCUCUUUCAUGCCACCAAACCAAACAACGUACUUGGCAUCUUAUCCAGGGGUCUUCUUAUGCCAAAGGUUGUGGUGGAGAUGUUUAACGGACAACGCCGUGAUGAAGGACUGCUUGGUCCGGGUCUUUAUUUUGGUGAUCGGAUAAGCACAUGCAUUCAGUACACAAAGAACGGAUUCUUCUCCAAGACGAGGAUGAUGCUUGUCCUGAAAGUGGCUAUGGGUGCCACUCAAGACUACUACGAAUUUAACACCAAACUAAAGCAAGCACCAGAUGGUUUUAAUAGCACUCAUGGUGUUCGAGCUUCAGAGGGCAGGCCCUCAGAGUUUAAGGUUGGUGUAUUUGCAUUGUUCUCGAUAGGCUAGUGAUAGCGGUCGAAACUGAAAUUAUCUUUGUUAACUUUAUCAUUUAAUAUAUUACAUUACUCCCUUGAAAAUCGAGUAAAUAAUUCACCUAUUGAAGGGAAUGAAUGAAAUUUACUAGAUUCUAGAUUAAUAGGGACUUUCACUUAAUAUUCAUUUAAUUUCAACAUUUUUACAAUUCAAAGUUGUAUGACUUUUUGUUCUUGGAAUUAUGUUCAUUCUAAAUUCACUCCAUAUUGACUCAAAAUUGUGUGAACCCUGACAUCACUACCCUUAGAAGUGAAGAGCGUGUGAAAUAAUCACUCAUUUUUGUCUCACCUGCAUAGCAGAGUGAGACUAUAGGCGCCGCUUUUCCGACGGCGGCGGCGACGGCGGCGGCGGCGUCAACACCAAAUCUUAACCUGAGGUUAAGUUUUUGAAAUGACAGCAUAACUUAGAAAGUAUAUGGACCUAGUUCAUGAAACUUGGCCAUAAGGUUAAUCAAGUAUUACUGAACAUCCUGCCUGAGUUUCAUGUCACAUGACCAAGGUCAAAGGUCAUUUAGGGUCAAUGAACUUAGACCAUGUUGGGGGAAUCAACAUCAAAAUCUUAACCUAAGGUUAAGUUUUUGAAAUGUCAUCAUAACUUAGAAAGUAUAUGGACCUAGUUCAUGAAACUUAUACAUAAGGUUAAUCAAGUAUCACUGAACAUCCUGCAUGAGUUUCACAUCACAUGACCAAGGUCAAAGGUUCAUUUAAGUUCAAUGAACUUUGGCCGAAUUGGGGGUAUCUGUUGAAUUACCAUCAUAACUUUGAAAGUUUAUGGAUCUGAUUCAUGAAACUUGGACAUAAUAGUAAUCAAGUAUUACUGAACAUCCUGUGCAAGUUUCAGGUCACAUGAUCAAGGUCAAAGGUCAUUUAGGGUCAAUGAACUUUGGCCAAAUUGGGGUAUUUGUUGAAUUACAGCCAUAAAUUUGAAAGUGUGUUGGUCUAGUUCAUAAAACUUGGACAUAAUAGUAAUCAAGUAUCACUGAACAUCCUGUGCGAGUUUCAGGUCACAUGAUCAAGGUCAAAGGUCAUGUAAGGUCAAAGAACUUUGGCCACGUUGGGGGUAUUUGUUGAAUUGCCAUCAUAUCUCUAUAAGUGUAUUGGUCUAGUUCAUAAAACGUGGAAAUAAGAGUAACCAAGUAUCACUGAACAUCUUGUGCGAGUUAUAGUAGUUUUCAAAAUCAGCACUGCUGCUAUAUUGAAUCGCGUGAUGCAGGUGAGACGGCCAGAGGCAUUCCACUUGUAUUUUCUUUAAGCCCGGCGCACACUAUGCGAUUUGUUGCGAUCCGAAUUUCAAAGAAAUUGUAUUCAUAUGAACAUUCCAAUCAAUUAAUAUUAGCAAUCAGAUUUCAGAAUAGUGGUAGGACUAUACAGAAAUGAAAAAAAAAAAACAAGGGUAGUUCGAGCCUCGCUGUAGGAAUAAAAGCAAAUUCAAAUCUAAAUCGUAAUGACGUCAUCGUCGGCUACCACGGACUUUACUCCGACCAGAGGGCUUGCCGAAAAGCAAAAAUAUGAUCUUUUUAUUCCUAACAUUAUGCCGACCUUCAAAAGAAAUCAUUUUAAUUGUUGAAACUUUCACAUUUAUUGCAAAAUGUGAUUUAUUUCAAAAAAAUCACGUCGCA